CUCCCAAGGAAAUUUAUCAGAUCGCUUUCACAACCUCAGAGUUCUGGUGAAUAAUCGCAGAAGGGCAGCGGCACGUGGAACUCAAGUGCACAACUUCUCAGAAGCUCCCACACAAAAUCAUCAUCAUGCCUCGGAAGCUGCAGCGUGAGCAGCUCACAGGAGGAGGUAUGACGAUGGGUGGCGGCGCGCUUUCUCCGCGAAGCCGUCGCUAAACGCCUGGAGCUCAAGGCAUCCGCGGCUAUGAACGGCACUUGCCAGCUCCGCCUCGCUCCCGCCGGCCUCGCGCUGCAGCCCGCGUGGCGCCUCGUGCUUCGCCGACGGGACCUGCUCUGCUCCCCUCACCUGCCCGCGGCGCUCGCGCUCGCCGCCCACCUGCUGCUGAGCGCCCCCUACCUGGUGCUGGACGUGCUGGGCGAGCGCUGGCCCGGGGCGCGCCGUUUCCGGAUCUCCGAGGGCGGCUCGCGAGCCGUGUGUCUGCGGCGCUGGUUCGAGUGCCUCGGCAGGGUUCUGCUCAAGUACCUGACGGCGGUGUUCCCGGUCACCGCGCUGCUGCAUCACCUGCGGAGCCCCGCGCUGCCCGCCUUGGCGCCCUCGUGCGUCCGGGCUCUGCUCGAGGUGCUCUCGUGCCUGCUGCUCUUCGACGCGUUCUUCUUCGCCUGGCACGUGCUCAUGCACCGAGUUUCCUGGCUGUUCGUGUGGGUGCACCGCCAGCAUCACCACAACAGGGACACGUUUGCUCUCGUGGCCCAGGAUGCCAGCGCCAUCGAGCUGCUCUCCCUCCAGCUGCUGGCCAUAUUCAGUGCCGCCCUUGUGGGCUGCCACCCCCUGAGCGAGGUGCUCUUCCAUCUGCUCAACAUCUGGCUGGCCGUGGAGGACCACAGCGGCUACGACCUGCCCUGGGCCCUGCAUCGAGUCCUGCCCUGUUUCGGGGGGGCCCCUUUCCAUCUGGCACACCACCGGAGGUACAGGGGGAACUAUGCACCCUACUUCCGCCACUGGGACUGGCUCUUUGGAACAUACCUGACGGAGGAGACUGCCAACAGGCCCGAGGCAUAAAGGUGUCCAUAGGUGGCGUCACACCUAACCUUCAUAUGUGACAUAAGCCUGCCUUUCUUCUUCCAUUUUUAUGGCAGUACUUUUGAAAUCAGGCUUUUUCACGCCAAAUUAUCUCUUCUGUGAUUCACUAUUAGUGAAAUAAUAUAAAUAUUGCAGAUUGCUCUGCUCAACUACUUGUACAUCCCAUCUGGACUAC